AGUGACAUCCGGAUAUUUAUGACUAUCUUGUGCAUGGUAUAUGGUUGUGACUUUUUUGCUGGUGUGUGACUUUCGCUUUUAAAUCAGCUUUAUUACAUUUAACGGAAUUAACUCCCAAAUCAGGAUUUCGGAUAAGACCUACGUACAUGCACGUGUAUAGGAAAUGAAGACGCCAAAAAACAAAUGGAUUUUAACAACAGUUGUUAUAUUUUCCCUCUGUUCUGGCAUUUUUACAAGCUGGAGUCCUUGGAGUGAUUAUACGCAAUGUUCCAGGUCGUGUGGCGGAGGCGUCAGAUACAGGGAGAGACUGUGUGUAGUUGACAGACUUGACAGACCAGUAUGCAAGGGAAAGAAGAGGAUAUACAAGCUGUGUAAUACUCAGACAUGCGAUGGAGAAGCACAAGAUUUCCGUGCAGAACAGUGCCAGAAGUACAACUCUCAGCCACUAGAUGGCGUUUUAUAUAACUGGAGGCCAUACUAUGGACGAUGGACGGGAUGGAAUGACAUGUCAUCGAAAUUAUUAUUUUUUAGCAGAAAUGGGGAGACUUGUGAACUGUUGUGUUUUGCUGAUGGUUUUCCAUUUUUCCACAAAUUGGCUGACAAAGUUAUUGAUGGAACUCCAUGUCUACAGAGCAAUGAUAGGGUCUGUGUUGAUGGACAGUGUAAGACAGUAGGAUGUGACAUGAAGAUAGGUUCUCGUAAAGUUUUGGACGUGUGUGGUAUAUGUGGAGGAGACAACUCGACAUGUACUCAGACUGGAGAUAUCAAUGGAAUAUUUGCUGUUCAACAGCUUCCACCAGGGUAUUCAACAGUUGUGGAGAUUCCUGCUGGUGCUAGAGACAUUCAAAUCCGAGAGAUGGCUGAAAACAAAAACUCUAUUGUGUUCUGGGAUAGUUCAGGAGAGAAUUUCGCAAUAGACAAAGACACUCGAAGAAAGCUUCCUUCUGUGAUGCUAGCUGGUGCGCAUUUUAACUACAAGCCAGAAGAUAAGAAGAACACAUUUGGCCGGGUUCAAGCCGCUGGUCCUACACUACGGAAAAUUACUGUUUAUGCUGUGAAUGAAGGAGAAGCCAAUCCCGGGAUACGUUACAGUUACAUGUUGCCAAAAAUAGAUCCAAAAUUUCAAAGAAACACCUCGCAAUCACAAUUUGGUCAGGAGGACAAAAAGUUGACUGACACUGGGAAAACACUUUUAAAACCCAGCAAUAUACGUGUAAGCACUAGUCACGUGCCUAGUAAUAGAAGAUCUUAUGGUCAAACAAAUGUACGUGUUGUAGACAGAAGACAUAGACCAGGAUAUUCUGAUACGAAAAAGUUUGGUGUGAAAACCGAUGACAAUAAUGAAAACAAAAAGCAGUUUGUAUACCAGAAUGCUAUACAGGUGCUAGGUGGUGAAACAUCAAUAACAGACAAUGUUUAUGGGGAAGUGGAAAAGGAAAGGCAGGGUAAGAAGGGUAGAGGAGAAACAGCAGGAGAGGAUAGUUUUGAAUAUUACGUUGCAAAUGAAAUACGAUACGGAACUGACAUUGAAGACGGUCACAGAGAUAGGAUGGAGCUUGAAAGUUGGGGCCGGGGAACAAGUUCACAAGUGUAUGGGGACAAGCGGUAUAUGUGGUCACAUGGUCAGUGGACAGAGUGCUCUAACAAGUGUGGAUCAGGUUACCAGAGAAGAAUCGUAUCCUGUAUUGACAGAGAAAGGAGAGAAAGUGUUGAUCAAGAGUACUGUGACCUUGACACCCGACCUGCAAAUUCAAGACGAUGUAACAAUGGUGAUUGUCAGGCAGAUCCAUCGUCAUCUUACGUACGAUGGCAGGUUGGGGAGUGGGGUCCAUGUUCAAAGAGCUGUGAACUUGGUGACCAGGUCCAACACGUUUUCUGUGAAGCAGUUUAUGAUGACAGUACAACUAAUCAAGUAGAUGAUGAGUUGUGUCUGAACCAGUAUCGUGCCAAGCCACAGUAUAGAAGGUCGUGUAAUGACGGCGUGUCUUGUCGAGGGCACAGUGCCAUGUGGAUGUUUUCAAAAUGGAGUCAGUGCAGUGUCACAUGUGGUUCAGGUGUGCAGCAGAGGAGCGUCAACUGUAGAUCAAAGUCUGAUCAGCGUCAAGUGUUAAGGGAAGCGGCUUGUAACGCAGACAUCAAACCUGUCUCUAUGAGAAGAUGUGUUAUGGGUGUUUGUCCUCCAAGUAGACAGCGAGAGAGACCAGACAGAACACAGGGUUGUCAGAAUACAUACUACGGUUGUUGUCCUGAUGGUGUCACAGCUGCAAGAGGAGCCAGGGGAGCGGGUUGUCCCAGAGCAUCUGUAGAUCAGACGUUGGUCCGUGUUGGGGGACGGCAGAUUCUAAGAUGUGCCAGGUUACCGGAACAACACCGAGAGACUACUUACAUACUAGAAUGGACAAAACAAGGGCAAGCAACUCCUGUUUAUAAGCAAUACAGAUGGAGAUGGGCAUCCUACCAGACUGCUGAACCUGAAGUAAACCCAAAUUUCAAAGGACGAGUUCGAAUGCUUGAUGAAACGUCACUAGAGAUAAGUAAAGCUGUUGAAAGUGACAGUGGACUGUAUACAUGUACAUUGUUGGUACCGCUGAGCAGAUCCGACAGUAGAAAGUACAGCAGCCAGGUCUUCCUUGAUGUUAGAGGUGCUUACUUUCCAAGACGACAAACAAAAGAAAACAUUGUGAUAACAGAAGAUGAUUCUAGUAAUAGUAACAGAGUUAGUCCCGGUAGUACAUCUUCAUUAGCAACCUGUAAACAACCUUCCUACCAGGGAAAAUGUAGAGAUUUCAAAGUCAAAUGGUAUUAUAAUUCAUCAACGGAAACAUGCGAUAGAUUCUGGUAUGGCGGAUGUGAUGGCAAUGAUAACAGAUUUGACAAUGAAAAUGACUGUAGACGUGCCUGCUCACAAGGCCGAGCACCUGAACCAGAAGAAGAUGUGUGCAAACAACCCAGUGUGACAGGUCGAUGCCGGGCCAGACAUAUGCGAUGGUAUUACAACAGCAAUCGUGAAGAAUGUCUACAGUUUGUCUAUGGUGGAUGUAAUGGUAACGACAACAGGUUUCGAACACGUGCUGACUGUGAGAGACGAUGCUUGGCAGGCACUGAAGCACUCGGGGACCAGCAGAAUGAUUGUCGGAGAUCGCGUUUUGGAUGUUGUCCCGAUGGUGUUACUGCUGCUAGAGGCAACAACAACGAGGGAUGUCCAAACGCUUGCAAGGCUACCCUGUAUGGAUGUUGUGAUGAUGAACUUACUGCAGCUCAAGGACCGAACCAGGAAGGGUGUGAUGAAUUAGAAGGUUCUGGUAUACCAUGUAAUGAUACCGGUUAUGGUUGCUGCCCAGAUGGUGUAACCGCAGCAACCGGCCCUAAUGAAGAGGGAUGUGAUAUAUUUAUUGUUGAUCCACAACCAAAAACAGAUACAGAUGUUGACAUUACUGUAGAUGGACCUGAUCACACUGGCACAGAUGUUCCAGUGCAGUGUCACCUGGACAAGAACACUGGUCCAUGCAAAGACUAUACAGUCAUGUGGUACUAUAACAUGCGAGAAAACGAAUGUGAUAGAUUCUGGUUCGGUGGUUGCGAGGGCAACACUAACCGAUUUAAAUCCAAAAAGGAAUGUUUAACAACUUGUCAGAACGUUGUUGUCGUCAGAGAACCAGGUCCGCAAGUUCCUUUAUGUGAGCAGCCGAAGGAGAUUGGACCAUGCCGUGCAGCACUUCCACGUUGGUUCCACAACCCAAGAACAAGGACAUGUGAGCAGUUUUUCUACGGAGGUUGCCAGGGUAACGAUAACAACUUUGAAAGACAGGAUGAAUGUGAGAGACGUUGUGGUGUUGCAAGAGAAAGACCUCUGACAGCCAAAGAGGUUUGUGCUCAACCACAGGCCACCGGACCUUGCCGGGCAUCGAUUCCAAGGUAUUAUUACAAUGCGGAGACAAAACGCUGUGAAGAAUUCACGUACGGUGGCUGUGGUGGUAACAGGAACAACUUUGAGACUGAGACCCAGUGUCGACAGUACUGCCGUGCUGAGGUACCAACACGGACCACUGAGACCAGGACCAGACAACCAGUGUGCGAGCUUACCCCAGAUGUUGGGCCUUGUGACCGCAUGGUGACCAAAUACUUCUACAAUAUUACCACUUUGAAGUGCGAACCAUUUACCUAUGGUGGUUGUCUUGGAAACCAUAACAAUUUUGAAACAGAAGAUAAAUGUACAUCAUACUGUAGUCUGAGACCUGGAAGAGAUAGAAAAGAUGAUUGUCAGCUGAACCAGGAGGUAGGUACAUGCCGUGGUAACAUAAGAAGAUACUACUAUGAUGCUCAACAAGGCCGAUGCUUCCCGUUCACUUACGGCGGUUGCCAAGGAAACCGAAACAAUUUUGCCGAUGACAGGAGCUGUAUGGCAGCUUGCCAAGAUGUGAGAGUUGAUCGACCUGUCACUAGAUAUCCUUCACGAGUCAAGCCUGGUUACUGUCCGCUGGCUAGGGAAGGAGAAGGGAGCACUUGUCAGGUAGAAUGUUCGCAAGAUUACGAGUGCAGUGAUUCGAUGAAGUGCUGUAAGAAUGCCUGCGGUGGAGGAAUUUGUACAUCCCCAUUGGCAGACGAGCCAAAACAGAAAGUAUCAGAUGUCUGCAGUUUACCCCUACAAACACCAUGUUCGAGAAGAGAUAGUGGACCUUUCUGGUAUUACGAGAAAUUGAGCGGACAGUGUAAAGAAGUGCCAAAUGGAGAUUGCAACGACAACCAGAACAACUUCCGCAGUCAAGCAGAAUGUGAUGCUUACUGUAGUAGGGAGAGAGUAUGUAGACCUCUCACAUAUGAAUCAGACAUUCGUUGCCUGGCUUACAUGGAACACUGGACUUACAACGCAGACACAGGAGCUUGUGAAAUGUUUGUUUAUGGAGGAUGUGGUGGGACGGCCAACAAUUUUGACUCUCAAGACGCAUGUAACCGUAAAUGCCUCGGACAGGUUGUUGAGCCACCAGUGACCAGAGCUCCAGAACCUGCCUCAGCUGGUGAGAUUUGUGCUAUGGCGGAAGACAGUGGUAACUGCCUGGCUUACAUUCGGAACUGGAGGUACGACAGUCUAACAGGAAAAUGCAUACAGUUUACGUACGGCGGAUGUGGUGGAAAUGCCAACAACUUCCAGAGUCGAGAGGAAUGUGAGGCCUUCUGUCCCAGAAAUGUUGUUUGUCAGAAGAAUGAAGAUCCUGAGAUCGGUUGUCUAGCUUACAUGCGUCGUUGGCGAUACGAACCCUCAACUCGUGCUUGCGAGAACUUUAUUUAUGGAGGUUGUGGUGGAAAUGCUAAUAAUUUUGAGACUUUGGAGGCUUGUGAAGGAAAAUGUUUGGCAAGGGAACCAGAGCGAGAAGACAAUAGGGGAACCAAUAACAGAGUGUCAUCCUGGAGAGAAAUCUGUCUGCUGCAAGCUGAUGUUGGACCUUGCAAACAGUACAUAAAGAGAUGGCAUUACAACAGUGUUAGUCAGGGCUGCGAUGAGUUCACUUAUGGAGGUUGUCUUGGUAACCAUAACAACUUUGAGAGUCAAGAACAGUGUAGAACUUACUGCGAUUCAUCACGUUGGUAUAACAGGGAAAGAGUUGCCACAACUGCAGAACCAGACAUACAUAUUGAAGAGUCAAGUGGUGAAAUACCAACUGUCCAGCCAGCCACAGGUGUUGAUGUAUGCCACUUGGAAAGCUAUACUGGUCGAUGCCGGGCUUACAUCAGGAGUUGGUACUAUGACUAUCUGAAUGGAGAAUGUAAACAGUUUAUCUACGGAGGAUGUGACACCAACGGUAACAGGUUCGAUACGCGAGAAGAAUGUGAAGCCCAGUGCAGCCCCAGAGAGGUCUGUCUGCAGCCUAAGCGAGCUGGUAACUGUAUGGCCAGUGUCCAGAGGUUCUACUUUGACUACAGUGCUCAGAAGUGUAAGGAAUUUGUUUAUGGUGGUUGUGAUGGUAACGCAAAUAGUUUCGAGACAAAAGACGCAUGCGAAAGACGUUGUCAGCCAUUGAUGAGAGAUAGAGCUCCACCAGUUUAUGAUAAAAGAGGCACAUGUCCAAGUUUCCGAGGUUUAAGCAGAAAUAGGCGCUGUAUAGAACAGUGUCGGUCAGACAGAGACUGUCCUGGCAGUGAAAAAUGCUGCAUUGUUGCAUGUAGCCGUGUCUGUAUAGAGCCCGAAGCAAGGGAGAUCAGACGUCCUGCAGUGAAGACUGGAUUUUGCCCGGCAAGGACUGACUGGCAGGGUCUACUUGGUGCUUGCGCCCCAACUUGCCAGGAUGACUCAACCUGUCCAGGGAACCAGAAAUGUUGCCACCAUGGAUGUGGUCUCAGGUGUAUUGAUCCAGUCAGUAAGGUUAAAGACAACCGUAGACUACCAGAUGAAAUGGCACCAGAGCGUAUUUAUGCCAACACCAUAUCCAAUGAUGCCAUCCAUUUAACCUGGUAUGAUCCUUCCCUGGGACGUGACCAAAAGAUUAGAGACAGCCGAUACUAUACCAUCCGUUACUAUAGUUAUGGUCUUGGACAGUAUGAGUACUUGAAUACAACUGACUUGAGAGGGCAUGUUAAUGGACUGCGACCCGACACAGAAUAUGAAUUUAAUGUGCGUGUAAAUGAUCCUCCAUACCUAAGUGAAUGGAGCGACAAUGCAAGAAACAGGACUAGACAAUUAGUGAUUUUAAAGGCAGGUGAAUGUCCUGUAAUAGAAUCCGACACUUUUGGUAUAUGUGUCGAGGAAUGUCAGAAUGAUGGGGAAUGUGGUGGGUCCCAGAAAUGUUGUAAUAAUGGAUGUGGACAAACUUGUAUGAACCCUCUAGGUUAUGAUAUAUGUAGUCUACCCAAGGACCCAGGAAGCUGUUCCGACUGGGAGGUACGUUGGUAUUUCAAUACAGAGAUACAGCGUUGUGAUCGCUUCUGGUAUGGAGGAUGUAACGAGGGAAAUGCCAACAAUUUCAUGGACGAACCAGAAUGUCAGAGCAAAUGCACAGAAACACAAAUAACAACACCACCUCCACGUACAGAAAGACCUCCAUACGACUGUAGACGUACCACUUACCGAUGUUGUUUAGAUGGACGUACACCGCGUCUCGAUGCACAAGGAUCAAAUUGUCUAGAAUAUGAAGGUGAUCGUCAAACUGGCGGUGAAACUAUUGUCCCUGCCAUCCCUGGAAAGAGUGUGACCUUGACAUGUCGCUAUGGUAACAAUGUAACAUGGUAUAGAGAAGGAAAAUUGGUAGAAUCUAACAGCAGACGUCGUGUAAACCCAGAUGGUACAGUUGAAGUAUUUUCCGCAACUAUAGAAGAUGACGGCAUGUAUGCAUGUCAUGUAGCGGGCAGAAGUGGAAGACCAACAAUCUACCAGUAUAUGCUGCAAGUUCAAGUUCCAAUUGGUAUUUUGCCUGGACCUGACAAGAUCAUGGUGAAACCAAAUCGUCAAGCUUUCUUGCACUGUGAAGUGUAUGGUAACCCUAAACCGAGAGUUAGUUGGCAGAAGUCCCUCACUGAUAUCAGAUCUGGUGGCCAUUACGAGACCUUCAGUAAUGGAACACUGCUGAUACGCAGGGCAACAGAAGAGGAUAUAGACAGCUACACAUGUACUGCUGAUAAUGGAGUUUCUACACCAGUACAGAAAACAAUCAAACUGGAACUCAGAGAAAUGUUAGUGGCCAGAAUUGAGAAUGAUAAUGGACGUGUAAUGGAGGGAGGCCGUAUUAAGCUCACAUGUGAGGGGCGUGGCUACCCAGUUCCCACAAUCACUUGGGAGAAGAUGGGACGUCCCCUCACAACUGGUGGGAAUGUUUUCAUCAGUAGCGAUGGUCAGUUAACAAUCAGGGAUGUUACGACUCGUGACACAGGGACAUACUCUUGCAUAGUGGCCAACACAGAAGAAAAGAUCGAAACCUCUACUUCUGUACAAGUGGUUCCAAAAGUAAUGCCAGACGACAAGUGCGAAGACAGGACAUCUCUAAUGAAAUGUCGACUGAUAGUAACUGCUCGUCUCUGUGGAUAUACAAUGUACUCUAAGAUCUGCUGUGCAAGUUGCAGACGACACUUCAAUGGGGAAUAACUCUCAUAAACAUUUUUUUUUUUACAUAUUUUUGCAUCACAAGAAUAAAUUAUGUAAUACUCCUAUAAGCUUUAUACCAAACAGCUAUUUCGCGUCCUCAAUGCGAAACUAGUCUAUCUGCUUCUAUUUCUAUAUGCACUUAGACUAGUUUCGCGUUGAGCCCUUGAUUUAUGAUCAGAAAUUUGUAUACUACAUAGCGUUUAUGUACAAUAUCUAUAGUACAUGUACUGUCAUUAGGUUGUAUUUUUAAAAAAGGGAGGUAAUUCUUCCUUAGACACAAUUACCCUAAGUCAGUCCGCCAUAAAGGCUAGGGCUUUCUUAAUCAAAUGAAACUUUAGACAUGUAUUUAAGAAGCACGUAAACUGCUGUGUACAUGUUCAAAGAAAAUGUAUCUUUUUCGAAAUAUUGUGCUGUUGUAUUUUCACGAUAUAUAUUCACAAGUGAAUCACAGUUUAGUGCUACCCCAGUUGUUAGUGGAUAAAUUGUACAGAAACUGUUUUACAGUCGAUUUAUAUUAUUUUCACUCUUAUUAUUUUUUAACCUUUUCAUUAUGUUGUUUUUACUAAACUGAAGAUUAUCGUUUUGUUUUCGAAAGGUGCUAAAUACUGAUCUCUUAGAAUAAAAAAAGCACACAUUCUUAGUACACACUUUACUAAUAGUCAAUAUUCUAUUAACUAAACACAUCGAAAAGUUUGAUCUAAUGGCUUGAAUAUUAAGAGAUGAUAGUAAAGUUUUAUUAGCACUGACAAGUAGAGCAUGGUAAAAUCUAGAGGUAUAAACUAAGGGGGUUGAAAAGUUAGGCUUCCUAGAUGAAACAUUUUAGUCAGUAUUCAUUUUUCAUUUUGUUAACCAAUCGUUUUUGUUUUUUUUUGUUAACGACAUAUUUUGAUGAAAAUAGAGCAAAAAUAGCAUUCAGCGAUUCUGUAUUGGAGGAAUGGAUGUUUAUUUUUCCCUCUACUCCCAUUAUUUUGUAUUUCAUCAUGUUUAGGAUUUAUUUAGUUACAUUUUUUUCUGAAAUAGUCAUAAUGUUUCAUUUCUAUGCAUUUAUUAUGUGUACUAUUGUCAUGUAUAUAUUAUAUAUAAUAGAAUAGAUGUUUUAUACUGUUUACAUGUUGCUGUUCACUGUAUUGUACUGAAUGUGUUGUUUCAGGUGACGUCUUUGUGUUUUAUGCACAUUUUUAAGCAGCGUUUUUCUAUGUCUGUAAUGGUAACUUAAGCGGACUGAAAUAUUGAAUGACUUUGUUCGUUUUAAUUACUUAUUUACAGUAAAAAGCCUAAAUGAAUUUUUUUGCCGGACAUAUUUGUAUUAUUUGAAACAGUGCUGUCAAGGAAAAUAGUCAAUGAAGUUUUAUCUCAACAAUAAUUGGAUGUAAAAGACUUAUAUCAAGCAGAUAUGUUGUAAAUUUUCUUGUUUAUCAUUUAGUUUCAUAAUUUUCUGAAAUUUCACUUUAUUCAUAAAAUUAACAUGUUGUCAGUUCAAAGCAAUGCUUAAAUCAAAGUUUAGUGGCAGUUUCUUGGAUGCAGAAAAAAGGGAAGUAACUUUUGUCUGAGAUUAUUUUGCAAAUGGCUGGAAUAUAUUAAAGGGAAGUAAGCGGGUAUAUACUGUUGACUACAAUAUUCAGUGUGUAAAACUUUUCUUGUUUGGGGGAAUUCCCUCUGGAUAAUGGUUUAUCCAAUGACAUUGUUACUCAGGGAGUCUGAAGGAUUUUCUGUUAAAUGUGGGUAUGUAAAUAAAACAGCAAUUUGUUUUAUUGAAACUGAAUCCAACUCGGAAGUAGAAAAACACUAACAUUAUUAUAGGAAAGUCAACAGGUUUAAGAAAUAAAAAAAAAAUAUUUAAAAUUUAGGUAACUUGUUGGGAAAAAAUGCUUUUUGUAUAGUGCUGCAUGCCUAAAAUCUCCAAAAUUAAAAUACAUUCUGCGUUGAGAGUAAGUGGUUGAAAAUUCUCUUUUUUUAAGAACCUAUAGAAAGUUGUACAGGGUGUGCCUUUUGUCUACGAGGUUUGCUUUUUUCACAGAUUUUCAACUUCUUGCAUUCUGUUGAUUCUAUUACAUUCAUUUUGUGUUCAGCUUUAUUGCUACAAUAUGCAUGUUCACAACAUUAUCUGUGUACAGUUUGUACAUAAUGUUAUGUGUACAUAAUAUUGGGCAUGUACACUGUUCAGAAUGUCAUAUAUAUUCUUUUGUGUACACAAAGUUAUUUGUGUAAACUGCACUAUAUAUGUACAUGUAAAUUUUGCUUUUAUAACUUGUCUUGUUAUUUUCUAACACACUUUCAACUCCAUUACUUGUGAUAAGCUGGCGCAGGUACAUACACUGUUUGUCUGUUUUGAUAUAUUACAACAUGGCAAUGCUUUCUAUGUUCUCUCGUAUUUAUUUUAUUAUUAGUUCAAAUUUAGAUCUACAGCUUCUUUAUUUAGAGUUUCUUAAAAACUGUCCAGUUUGUUUGAUGUAAAUACAGUAAUACACUAGAAACUACAUGCACAAGCAGAAAGUGAUAUCUAGAAAGAAACAACUAUACCCCAUUGUUUUUGAUACACAAAAGGGAAGCCGGGAAACAAAAUUGGGUUAAAAGCAAGAUUAAUGUUAAGUACCAGUUGGGAACCAGAGACAGCAAACAGUGUAUGUUCUUACAUCAGAAAACUGAAACAUUCCAAAUGGGGUAAAAGUGUUCUCGUUUUUUUUUUUACAUUGGUCAUUACCACGCUGAAAUUUGCAAGCAUAUAUUUCUUUAUUGUACGUCAGAUUGUCGUCGCAUGAUUGAGACGCCUGUAUGAAUGAUUAUUAAAUGUUAUGAAAUCCAUGUAGAUUGUUUUUCAUUUCUGCUUCAUGAUAAAAUGUGUUUUGACAACAAAAUUUGAAGUACAUAAUUAUAUGCAUAAUGCUACCUUAUCUCAAAAGCUUGACUGCUUUCGUGUCUCUGAAACUAGUACAUGUUGUAACUUUGACCCAGACAUCCCUCCUUAGAGAAAAUUUUAAAAUCUUGUUCCAGUCGGGAUUCAAACCAAGUUAUAAAUCUAAUCUUGCUAAACAUUUUACUCAUAAGCCUAUUUAACUUAUUACCUCAUAACCAUUUAUAUAAAUGUACCAAAGUUUAUACUGUGAACAAUUUUUAGCAGUUAGGAAAAUAUUUUUAUUUAAAAAAGAAAUGUAGGAAUUAUAUUCGAACUGCAAUCAGUGUAUUUGCUCGUGUUAAAAAAUAAGCCAUGGAUCAAGAUUUAUUAGACAGUAUUCCAGUACUUAGAUUAUGUACAUAGACUAACUGCUUUAUGCGAGAUGAUGGGCUGUUAAGCGUUGUAACGGUACCCGUUACAUUAGUUUUACUCAUCUUUUUCAAGCUGCUUAAUUUUAUUGGAAAUUUCGAUAGGUUUUGACUUAUUGAGUUUAUGGUUUACAGGCAUCGCAAGCAUUCGAAAACAGAAUUUAUAUUGUAGAUCACAUUUGUUUAAGCCUUCGAUUGCCUUAAAACAAAGUCUUGUACAAGUAGCUUCUUGCUAUGAGGUAGAAAUGUUAUAUAUAGCACACAUUCAGGCCAGUGAUUUGAGCUCUGUUUAUAUUAUUGUAUGUACCAUCUUUCCCCUUAUGUGUAAUAAACAAGUCCUACACUCUA